AUUUUGUCAACAAAUCUUGAAUCAUUCAUACGAUUUUCCCUGGGCCUGCUAGCAAAAUAACGUCUUUUGUCAAAUAAUCGAUGAGACUAUAGCGAAAGUAGUCUCAGUUUUCGUGUUUUUGCUUAAUCGUGACUUAGGUUAAUAUUCAAUCGCCGCAACACGAAUCCUCUGACCAAAGUACGUUUGAAACUCAUUCUUGCGUGAACCAUUGACGACCACGUUUUCUUUGGAGCAGGUCUCGCGGUUUAGAGUUUCGUUUCUUGUCGGGGCAGGAAGCGAUUUGAUACUGCGAAAUCACCAGGCAUUGACCUAGCGUUAAAGCACUGUUAUGGCUCAGCUCUUAGGAAUAACUCCUCUUGACGAAACCACCGGCAACCCGAAGAGUGGAGUUAGCCUCACUCAAAUUACUAUGGCAGAGAAGCCUGCCGAUAACAACAAACACCAAAAUGGACACCUAAACUCGAAUGAUCUUCCUCAUACAGGAGAAAAUGGUCAGAACGGAAUUAAUGGACACGCGGAGAUCGACAAGAGUGCUGGACAAACUAAUAGGACUACCUUAUCGAUGAAAAAUACGCAAGAAAAAACUGCCAAGAACCUUGCUCCGGCUAACGACUUUUGGACCACGGAAGCCGAUGGCGCAGUUAAAAUCAGAAUGGGAGAGAGUGAUGCAACGAAAGGGGAACCUAUGACCGUAGUUGAUCUGCUAGAGAGAACUGUAAAACGGUCUCCGAAUAGAAUUGCGAUGGGAGUAAAGCGAAACGAUCAAUGGCAGCAUUGGACUUAUAGCGAGUAUUACGAAGAAGUUCGUAUCGCUGCCAAAAGCUUCAUCGAGCUUGGACUGGAGCAAUACCACGGAGUCGGCAUCAUAGGGUUCAACUCACCGGAAUGGUUCAUUUCCGAAAUUGGGGCGAUAUUCGCAGGGGGUUUUGCUGUAGGAAUCUACACAACAAAUUCCCCUGAGGCCUGCCACUUUGUAGCUGACAACUGCAAUGCUAACGUUAUUGUUGUGGAGAAUAAAGCACAACUUAGCAAAAUCCUGAAGGUAUGGGACCGGCUACCCCACCUAAAGGCUGUGGUGCAGUACACUGGAGAGGUGGAAGGAAAGCAUGAGAAUGUCUACAAUUGGAAUCAGUUCCUUGAGCUUGGGAAAACAGUUGCUGAUAGGGUUUUGCAGGAGAGGAUGAGUCAACUUGUGGCGAACCGCUGCUGCACCCUUAUAUACACUAGUGGAACAACUGGUGCUCCGAAAGGUGUCAUGAUUUCUCAUGACAAUAUUACCUGGACUGCCCAAGCGGCUCUCAAUCAUGUUCAGGCCGGCAAAAGGGAGGAGCAUAUUGUGAGCUAUUUGCCGCUCAGCCAUGUCGCAGCACAGAUGACUGAUAUAUACAUGAGCAUGUACUGCUGUGGAACUGUAUGGUUUGCGCAGCCUGAUGCCCUCAAGGGUUCCUUGGUAAACACUCUUCGAGAAUGUAGGCCGACACUAUUUCUUGGUGUACCACGGGUGUGGGAAAAAAUCAUGGAGAAGAUGCUAGAGGUGGGGGCAACAGUUACAGGACCCAAGCGCAGGAUUGCCGACUGGGCAAAGGGCAAGGCACUUCAAGGAAACAUGAAUAUUGAGCAGGGGAGAUCGACACCUUUUGGGUGGACCAUUGCCACAGGAAUCCUGAAAAAGAUCAAAGUUUCUCUUGGGCUUGAUCGUUGUUGGGGACAGUUUGUAGCCGCAGCCCCAGUUACCAUGGAAACACUUUGCUACUUCCAGAGUAUCAAUAUCCCCCUGUAUGAGUUGUAUGGGAUGAGUGAGUGCUCUGGACCUCUGACCAUCUCUAUUCCUGGACAUGUCUUGUCUGGCAGCUGUGGCAUUAAGAUGGAAGGAACUGAAAUGAAAAUUGAUAAACCAGAUGAAGAUGGCAAUGGGGAGUUAUGCAUGAGGGGUCGCAAUGUGUUCAUGGGAUUCCUGAAUAACGAAGAAAAGACCAAGGAAGCCCUUGACGUCGAUGGAUGGCUUCACUCUGGGGACGUCUGUAAGAUCGAUGAUAAGGGAAAACUGUUCAUCACAGGGAGAAUAAAAGAACUAAUCAUAACUGCCGGGGGAGAGAACAUCGCGCCCGUGCCCAUCGAAGACAACAUCAAGAAAGAGGUCCCGCUCAUUAGCAACGCCAUCCUGAUCGGCGACAAAAGGAAAUUCCUGUCAUGUCUGUUGACGCUCAAGGUUGAGGUCGAGGCUGACACAGGUGCCCCAACAGACCGACUGACCAAAGCAGCCAUUGCUUUCUGCAAAUCAGUCGGCAGCGAAGCCACCACAGUCUCCGAGAUCCUCAAAACUAAAGAUGAGAAUGUGAUGAAGGCGAUACAGGCGGGCGUCGACAGAGCUAACGAGGAAGCAAUAUCCAGAGCACAAAAGGUCCAAAAGUGGUGUAUCCUUGAGAAUGAUUUCACGAUUCACGGCGGAGAGCUGGGUCCAACAAUGAAGCUAAGAAGACCCAUUGUGAGUAAAAUGUACAAAGACACAAUCGACGCGUUGUACAAAUAGAUAUACAGCCGCAACGAACGCGAGGGCAAGGCAGCAAGGAAGGCAAAUCAAUUAGGAAAACACCUAGUAGCUGCCAUAACACUUCUACGCGGACCUGGACCCUGUGCGGGAUGUAGGAUAUCCUAACACGAAUGCCCUAAAAUCUGCACAAAAAUGUCAAUGUUGUGUAGUAAUUUAAAAUUCAGCAAAACUUCACAACACCCUACAACAUAAAAUUCGUUUAUUGUAUUAAUGCCUCAUCCUUUUUAGGAAUUAAGGUGUGGAAUUCUUUUGUAGAUCAAUUGUGGCAGGGCAUGUUUAUCGAGCCGUUUAUGGGUAGUAAGUUUGUAUAAGUUUGGUAUUAUAUUAUUUUUUUAGUAACUCACUAACCUCGAAGAAGGUCUGGAUUAAAAUGCCCAAAUCGCGGCAGAAAUUAUCUCAUCUUUGUUAAAAUUAUUUAAGAAAGUUUUUUUUUUAUACCAGAGUUAAUUUUUUCAAGUUUGUGCAAUUUGGUUUGCUGGCGUCUUUAAAAAAAAUAGUAUGGAAAUACGAUUAAAAAAGAAAUACCUGAAACCAGUGAAGUCCAAGGCGUUCUUACCCGGAUUUCCUAGCGGGCUUCUGGUGGUUGGUUAGACUUGUAACGUCAUGGGAAACAGCUCCCCCCAGACCCCAGGCUGCCUCACGGUAUAACUCCAAGGACAGGGAACCCGGUUAGAACUUCUGGGACUAAGCUGGUGUGAACCAAAUCCUCAAAUUGAUUACAUAAAUUAUACGUAGGUGUAUUUAAUGCAAGCGAACGGCUUUUGGUGGCUUUUUGUACGUGUUAUAAAGCGCAUCCGAUAUUUAGUAAUUUAGUGAUAGCUGAUUACUAGUAGUGAUAUUACAGAUUUUUUUUUUAAUUAAAAACGAGAAAAAUUCUUUAAAAUAGAAUGGGAUUCUUUUUUCGAAUAGACGUCAGGCACAGGCUUACACAAACUCGGCUUCCCUAGGUUUGCACCGACAUGGUUUCCCUAUGUUGACACUCACUUGGCUUCCCUAUAGAUUUGCAAGUAAAGUUCCGAGUUCUUUCAUUGUAUUAUGUAGAUCCUCCGAGCACAAAUCAUCAUUUGUAAAUAUAGCCCGUGUUAGCCCAUGUAUUUGUUUCCACCAUGCGUGAAUCAUUCAAUAAAUUUGAUUAAUUAUA